AUGGCCGAUAAAUUUCGCCCUUUCCUCAAACAACUUGCAACAGGACGAUGGUUUUCAGUUUUUGCUUCCUUCCUAAUCAUGAUCGGCGCGGGUUCCACGUACGUUUUCGGUACAUACUCAAAAGCAAUCAAAACUCAAUUCGAUUACAGCCAAACCGAAAUCAACACAUUAGGAUUCGCCAAAGAUCUUGGUUCCAAUCUCGGAGUUUUUGCUGGCCUUCUCGGCGAAAUAGCUCCACCGUGGGUUCUGUUUGUCGUCGGUUCAUUUCUCAAUUUCUUUAGCUAUUUCAUGAUUUGGCUCUCCCUUACUCACCGUAUCGCUAAACCACAGCUAUGGCAAAUGUUCAUCUAUAUUUGCUUAGCUGCUAAUUCACAAAACUUCGCUAACACCGCCGUUUUAGUAACGAGUGUAAGAAACUUCCCUGAUCGACGAGGUAUAAUUCUUGGACUUCUUAAAGGAUUCGUCGGAAUUGGAGGUGCCAUUGUAACUCAAUUCUAUUUAGCUCUUCAUGGCCAUGACAAUCCAGCUAGUUUGGUGCUUCUUCUGGCAUGGUUUCCCACUUUAAUUUCUUCUUUAUUUUUCCUUUCCAUCCGAACAAUCAAUAUGCGUAGACAUCCCGAAGAACUCCGAGUUCUUUACCAUUUGCUUUAUGUCUCAAUCAUUCUUGCUUUGUUUCUCUUAUUUCUUACCGUUUCACAAAAACAAGCUGCAUUUUCUUCAGCUGGGUAUGCUAGUGGAGCUGCUGUAAUUAUUGGGUUACUUCUUAUGCCUCUAUUAAUAGCCGUUAGAGAAGAACUCAUGCUCUUCAAGCUCAAUGGACAAACAGACAAAAACUCAUCUCCCGCUGUUUUCACUCCGGAAAUGAAAACUUCAUCUAGUUCUACAACUAAAAACAAUGAAUCCUUAUCCCCAAUUGAAGAAAUUCCCGAAUUGAAUUCACCAACAUGUUGCUCAAACAUAGUCAACAAGCCAGAACGUGGAGAAGAUUUCAGUAUCUUACAAGCUCUGUUUAGUAAAGACAUGGGGCUUAUUUUCGUUGCAACACUUUGUGGGUGUGGUUCAUCAAUUGCUGCCAUUGAUAACAUCGGCCAAAUCGGCGAAUCGCUUGGAUAUCCAUCUAAAUCCAUAAGUAUCUUUGUUUCCUGGGUUUCAAUAUUCAGCUUCUUCGGCAGAGUAGGCUCUGGUUUCAUCUCUGAAACACUUAUGACAAAAUACAAAUUACCUCGUCCUUUAAUGUUUGCUUUCUCCCAUCUUCUCACUUGUAUCGGUAUGUUGUUCGUCGCCUUCCCGUAUCCCGGCUCCAUCUAUGUAGCUUCGUUGACAAUCGGGUUUGGAUUCGGAGCGCAAGUACCGAUAAUUUUUGCAAUACUUUCAGAGCUUUUUGGGUUGAAAUAUUAUGCAACAAUCUUCAAUUGUGCUCAAUUAGCAGUCCCAAUCGGAUCAUAUGUACUAAAUGUGGAUGUCAUUGGGAAAUUGUAUGAUAUUGAAGCAACAAAAGAUGGUGGCAUUAGGGAUGGGAAUGGAUUGACUUGCAAGGGAGCUCAUUGUUUUAGUGGAUCAUUCUUGGUUUUGGCUGUGGUGGUGUUGAUUGGAGGUUUGGCCUCACUUGUGUUGGCAUUUAGAACAAGAAAUUUUUACAAAGGAGAUGUUUAUAAGAAGUAUAGAGAAGAUAUGUGGAUUCCUCAAUCAGAUAUGGAAUUUUAUUGUUUGGAUGACAAGAAAAAGGUUGUUAACGAUAAUUUCCCAAGGAUUGUUAUGCCCCCUAAGUAUAAUUUUCUCAAUGUAAUAUAG